AUGGUAAACACUCGCCGAACCAGGAACCCUAGGCGUAGAAACAACGUUCGAGAGGAGGAGAUGCAGGACCAGCACGAGGAAGGGACGGAGAUGCCCCAAGGUAACCCACUGCCAGAAGGGAACCAAGGAGGAGGAACUCGUAUGGAUCAAAUGGAACGAGUCUUGGGAAGUAUGGUCACCCUUAUGCGAGGAACACAACCAGCGGGUCAGGUUAUCCCCCGAAAUCCUAAUGUUAGCGACAGGUUCCAGCGGUUAAACCCGCAUGUUUUUCAAGGAAAGGCAGGGACUGACCCCUGUGAGAGUGAGUUUUGGCUGGAGCAGGUCGAAAAGAUCUUUGACUUUAUUGGCUGUGAGGAGGAGGAUAAAGUUGGUUGUGCAACAUUUAUGCUUCGUGAUGAAGCUGACCAGUGGUGGAAAAUGAUGCAGAGAACCCUACAAGGUCCUGAAGGACGAGGUACGCCAGUUACUACAUGGGUGCAGUUUAAGGAACUUUUUAAUACGAAAUACUUUCCUUUGUGUAAGAAAAUGGAGAAAGGUCGGGAGUUCAUGAAUCUAAAACAAACUGGGGACAUGUCCGUCGCCCAAUACAAGGAUCACUUCACAAGGCUGAUCAAGUAUAUGCCUAUAUACAACCUGGACGAGGAAGCCAAAGCGCAGAAGUUCCUUGGAGGACUGAAGUGGAAGAUUCAACUAGCCUUAAGCUCCUUAGGGACACGCACCUAUGCAGAAGUGGUGCUGCAAGCCUUGACGGUAGAAAGCAACUUUCGGCGAAUGGAGACUUUGGGAACGGAAUUUCGUGGGCCCGGGGAUGGAAGGUUGGGAAGAAAGCAUGACUUGGGGACUCAAGGGAGGAAGUUCAAGACCAAAGGUUCAUGCCCGAAAUGUCAGAAAUAUCAUCCAGGGAAGCCUUGUGGGACAGGAGCCCAAGGAUGCUAUUCUUGUGGAGGAACUGGCCACGUGGCUCGGGAUUGCCCAAAGGGGAUCGUGUGUUUCACUUGCCAGAAGCCUGGUCAUAUCUCUCGCGACUGCCCUCAAAAGAAAGGUAUUGUUUAA